AUGGCACAUGAACCCAAGAAUGCCCAUUUAACCAACUCUGAUCGAGAUUCGUCGAGCAGCGAGCGAGAUAGACUUUAUCUUGAGCGGCUAGGGAAAAAGCCGGUGUUGAAACACUUUUACUACACCACUGGAAAAGUAUGGAUUCACGCUCCGUUGUGCAAGCUUGAAUUGACAUGUGCCAGUGGAGGCUCCGCGGGAGCAGUCUAUGCUUUCAUAUUCUCUUGGAUCGGUACAGCCUGUUGCUUCUCAGUGUUAGCAGAGCUGGCAUCAAUGGCACCGACUUCAGGGGGUCAAUACCACUGGUGCGCGAUGCUCGCACCAAAAGGUUGCAUGAGGUUUUUGAGUUACAUCACUGGUUGGCUUGCAGUGAUUGGCUGGCAGACUGCAUUCACGGCGGCAGCCCACCUGGCCGGAACUGAAAUCCAAGGCGUCGCAAUCCUCGUUUACAACAAUUAUCAGGCUAAAAGAUGGGAAGGCACAUUAGUGAUGUGGGCCUCCCUUUUGGUCGGACUGGCUGUGAAUCUCAAAGGUGGCAAACUCUUUCCUCGAUUGGAGCAAGGUAUCUUGGUGGUUCAUGUCCUCGGUUGUUUAGCAAUUAUCAUACCGAUGGUUGUGCUAGCCGAUCAUCGAUCCGACCAGGAGGUCUUCCGAGAGUUUUUGAACGGUGGGGAAUGGCCAACACAAGGUCUUUCUUGGUUUGUCGGGUUAUCAGGUUGUGCGUUUUCCUUUGCCGGCGGUGACGCGGUUGUUCAUAUGGCCGAAGAGAUCCACAACGCAGCCGUCAUUCUUCCGCGUGCUAUCAUGCUGAGUGUGCUUAUCAAUGGUAUUCUAGGGUUCAGUAUGCUUAUUGCUGUUCUCUUUUGCAUGGGAAAUAUCGAAGAGGCUCUAGCCUCUCCAACGGGGUAUCCAUUUAUCGAGAUAUUCUCACACGCCACGGGAUCUAUAGCAGGAGCGGCACUCAUGUCUACCAUUGUACUCAUCAUCUCUAUUUUUGGAGUGAUGGGUAUUCUUGCCGCCUUGUCACGUCAGAUCUGGUCGUUUGCCAGAGACAGGGCAGUCCCGGGGUGGCGAUUAUGGGUCAAGGUAGGCAGAAAGUUCCUCAAGCUGCCCGUCACAUUUUCGCUUGCCACAGCUAUCGCAUGGCUUCUGUGUCUCAUCAACAUUGGAUCAGACGUUGCGCUUCAGGACAUUCUGUCAAUGGCAGUGUCUGGCAUAUACCUGUCUUACCUGAUGGUAGGCUCCUUGCUCCUCUAUCGUCGUUGCAAGGGUGAUAUUUUCCAAUACAACGAUAGCGAGGGAGCAAUCAAUGUUCCUGGCGCCAAAUUAGUUUGGGGCCCAUUCCACGUACCCGGGGUCAUCGGCACGCUGAUCAAUGCAUAUGCUGUUGUGUACAUGAUUAUCGUUGUUUUUUUCAGCUUUUGGCCUCCGCACAUCUCACCGACUGUCACGACGAUGAACUUUAGCGUUGUGGGGACAUUUGGGACUGUUAUACUGGCCGUCGCUUAUUACCUGAUACGUGCCAGACAUGUCUAUACUGGCCCAGUGUUGGAGACAAUGUCUUGA